UUCAUUCAACUUAUUCUAACACUCACAAUUCUCCAUUUAAAAUCCACAAAAAAUAAUUAAAAUGGAUUUGGAGAAGAUAUCAGAUUCACAUUAUGUGGAACAAACCAUGGAAGAAAGUCCUAAGAAGAAGCAGCGUGGUGGGAUUAGAACAUUGCCUUUCAUUCUCGCAAAUGAAGUAUGCGACAGAUUUGCUGGAGUUGGAUUUCAUGCAAAUAUGAUAACAUACCUGACUCAACAGCUAAACAUGCCGCUUGUACAAGCCUCCAACACACUCACCAAUUUCGGUGGCACUGCUAGUUUCACACCUCUUAUUGGUGCUUUAAUAGCCGAUUCUUUUGCUGGCCAAUUCUGGACUAUUACAAUCGGUUCUAUCUUCUAUCAAUUGGGGAUGCUGAGCAUUACAAUGUCAGCCAUACUUCCAAAACUCCGCCCACAACCAUGCCCAACACAAAUAAACUGCCAAGAAGCAUCAUCACAACAACUUUGGGUCUUAUACUUAUCUCUCCUCCUAACAUCAAUCGGGACAGGUGGUAUUCGGCCUUGCGUAGUGACAUUCGCGGCCAACCAAUUUGACAUGACUAAAUCAGGUGUUGCAGGACGCAAAUGGAACUAUUUCAACUGUUAUUACUUCUGUAUGGGAGUUGCAACACUAACUGCAUUUACUGUAAUAGUCUAUAUUCAAGACAAUGUGGGUUGGGGUUGGGGCCUUGGAAUACCAACUGGGGCUAUGACUAUUUCAGUAAUAGCCUUUGUGAUUGGUUAUCCGCUUUAUAUCAAACUUAAGCCAGCAGGGAGUCCUUUGGUUAGAAUGGUUCAAGUUGUUGUUGCUGCUUGGAAGAAGAGGAAUUCUCCUUUGCCUUCCGACCUUUGUACAUUGUACCAAAACAAGGAGCUUGAUGCUCCUAUCUCUACUGAUGGAAGACUUCUGCAUACUGAACAAUUCAAGUGGUUUGACAAAGCAGCAAUACUAACAGAAGGAGAAGCAAAAGAUUCAAAACCACCAAGCUUAUGGAGUUUAUCAACAGUCCACCGAGUAGAGGAACUUAAAUCUAUAAUUCGGGUAUUACCAAUAUGGGCAGCAGGAAUUCUACUUGUAACUGCAUCAUCUCAUCAAGGAAGCUUUGUACUCACACAAGCUCGAACAAUGGACCGUCAUCUUUCCUCUACAUUUCAAAUACCUCCAGCCACUCUUGCAAUCUUCGGCAUUGUAACCAUGCUCAUUGGACUCGUCAUCUACGACCGUGUUUUCGUCCCCUAUAUACGCAAAUUCACUGGGAAUCCAUUAGGGUUAACAUGUUUACAACGAAUGGGAAUUGGAUACGUGAUCAACAUACUCGCAACUAUUGUAGCUUCUCUAGUUGAGAAGAAGAGGAAAUCAGUUGCUACUCAAUAUCACCUUUUGGAUAGCCCUACAGCUACUAUCCCUAUUAGUGUGUUUUGGUUAGUCCCACAAUUUUGCAUUCAUGGUUUGGCUGAAGUUUUCACGAGUGUUGGACAUCUUGAGUUUUUAUAUGAUCAAGCGCCUGAAAGUAUGAGGAGUACUGCUAUUGCACUCUAUUGUUUAACAACGUCAAUUGGGAAUUAUUUAGGGACUUUGGUGGUUACAUUGGUUCAUAAUUAUACAGGUAAACAACAUAAUUGGCUUCCUGAUAGGAACAUUAACCAAGGAAGGCUGGAGUAUUACUAUUUGCUGGUUUCUGGUAUACAAGUAUUAAAUCUCAUUUAUUACGUCAUGUGUGCAUCAUUAUACACCUAUAAGCCUUUGGAGCAGGUUAAAGAAUCUGAUGAGCAACAGGAGCAAGUUUAUACACAUUCUCCACCUUCGAAAGUUUUAGUUCAAAAGGAUGGGGAACUUCAACUCUCAAAAGGGCAAUAGAUUUCGAUAUAGCAGGGUAUAGUUGAUACUAGUGUAAUGUAAUAGAAACUGUUUGUUUAGUCACCUGCAUAUAACUAGUUAGUAUAGCUUCAUAACAAUCAAAUUUGUAUUUUCAUCAUAAAUGCAUCUUCAACCCUACAAACACUCCUAGUUAGCCAGAAAAUAUCAUGGAAUUAAGGGUUUUCUGAAUUUAAAGCAGGUAUUGAUUGCAAUGUUUCAGCAAUCGAAACCAGAAUAUA